GUUGCAAAUCCUCGGGGGUAUCGAUUUAUUAGGGCCAAUUCUGCAUGGAUAUUACAUUCUUAGCUGAAAUCUGCCAAUUUUCAUCUCAAACUUAUAGGGCUCCUUCCCCCGAUUCCUCCUUCCCCCCUUCCUUUCAAGAACACCCAGACACACCGAAACUGUGCGAAACUGUGCGAAAUUUUAAGGGAAAAAACCCACAAAACAUCAACAACAACAACUUCAGGCACAAAACACCACAUCCCAUUGCGAGAGAGAAGAAGGAGAACAGCGCCGGGAGAGGAAGCACGCAUUUAAAAGGACAACUCUAGUGGCCCCACAGAAGAACAGCACAUUGCAAACAGAAGUGAGAUAUUGCCAUUGUGUAUUAUCGUGCUGUAAUCGUAUAUAUACCUAUCUCUCUCUGCCUAUAAGGUGAUCAACACUAUGAGCUCCAAUGGGUUCCUAGCAAAUAGGACCAAUUCCCAGUCGAGCGUCUCUCACUCCAUUCCGGGGUCUCGUGUAACGUCGAGCAACAACUCGCAUGUGAACCUGGCGGCUCAGAACAACACGACGCUGAAGCUCUUGAACAAACAUGUCAAUGCUAGUGAUUCGCUAUACUACAUAUGUCUCACGCUGAAGAAGAGACUGGAAGUUGUACCGCAGCUGAAACCAUACCUGAACUUGGCCUACUCAAGUGCUGAGGUUAUAUCUGAGAACCAGGCCCUUGGGCUAUCGCAAAAGCACAGAAGCUCGAGCUCGAGUGGUAUUACAAGCGCGCAUAACAGCUACAGCUCACAGAGUAACGUACGAGUGAGUAGCUUUUCAACAUUCAGUACGCUAAGUGAUGAUUCCACAACUGCUCCGACAACACCUGCACCUGCUGCACUGCUGACCUUCCAUGCCGGUGUGCUACCAGCUACUGUGAGUUGUGAUCCAGCGACUCAGCUUUGGGCUCUGUUCCAGCAGGGUUCACCACUGUGUGUUAUAUUCAACUUGGUGAAGCCUGAAAAUUCGUUGCCAGUGAUAUCUUCAGACGACUUGAAGACCUGCAAGAAGUCGAUUUACGACUUCAUAUUGGCUUGUAAGACACAUUUGGACUUUGGACAGUUGGAGCUGUUCACCAUCUCUGAUGUGUUCUCCACAGAGACCAAUGACUUGAUAAAGAUCAUAUCAGUUAUAAACAAGGUUAUAGAUUCAUGCCCUUCAAUCUUCCCACCUUUAGAGCUGGAGGAUGAAAUACAGAAGCUUGAAUCGGUUCCAAGGAUAUUGAAGGAGCUGAUUGAAACAGAGAGAAAGUACAUUGAUGAUUUACAAACCUUAGUGAAGUACAAGGCCCAGCUUCUGGAGUAUAAUAUCAUCCCAUCGGAUGAUUUGUACAUGUUGUUCCCGAACUUGGAUAACAUUUUGGAUUACCAAAGACGUGUGUUAAUAUCUCUGGAGAUAAAUGGUAUUGUCGAUCAAAAGUAUCAACGAGUUGGGUCGAUAUUCAUCCAUGCACAGUCAUACUUCAAACUUUAUGAACCUUGGUCAAUUGGUCAAAAGGCUGCAAUUGACUUUAUGAACGCAAGCCCCUUGAUGGGAAGUAACCCUGACUUAAUUAUCGCAAAUGAUUUUGAACUACAAAGUUUCAUUUUGAAGCCGGUUCAGAGGCUGUGUAAAUAUCCACUGCUUUUGAAGCAGCUUGUGAAGGUUACAGAACCUUCUGCUGCUAAUUACAACGAGUUGGUUACAGCAUUGGAAAUAUCCAAAAAGAUUGCCAAUGAUCUCAACGAAAACCAAAGACGUAUAGAAAAUGUUGAGGUUUUGAAAAAACUAUACGAUAUGGUUGUUGAUUGGAAAGGCUACAAUGUUCACAGCUUCGGUGAAUUGUUGUUCUUUGAUAAGGUCACUGUCAAUGAUAACUCGCGAGCCUCAGAUGAAAGAACGUUCCAAGUUUACCUCUUUGAAAACAUCAUAAUCUUUUUCAAAGAGAUAUAUGCACAGCAGAAGAAACCAACGUUGAAUUUGAUGAAGAAAUCGUCGUCAAACUUAACGGUGAACGCUCAGGAGCUGUUGGGAUUAGAGCUGAAGGGAAGAAUAUCAAUUGCAAACAUUUACAACAUCAAUAGUGUGAGUCCGCGUCAAUUGAACAUCUCUUGGUCAGGUGUUAAAGACACAGGCUCCUUCUUGAUGAAGUUCAAGAACGAAGAGACAAGAACCAAUUGGGAAAAUUGUAUCAGGAAACUGGUUGUGAAUAUUCAAGAUGAGUACCAAACUACAUCCAAUUUCAGCCAGAUGACUGUUGGCGAUAGACGAAGCAAUGGCGUAUCCUUGUACAGUUCUGCCAGAUCUUCGUAUUUGACCAGAACAAACUCUGACAUUGGUCAGACGAACUCUCCAUUUUCACACACCAGGCAAAAGUCCGAAGUACAAACGUCGAGGCGUGGAACCAUUGAUUCAUUGCAGAGCAAAAGAUCAAUCUCAGACCCCUAUAAGGGUUCUCUUCCAAGUAAUAAUGUAAUUGUGAAGUUACUGUAUGAUAAAGACAUAUUCACAAUGAUGAUUCCUUUGGAUGUUCCUGUUACUGAGUUUAUGAACAAGAUUGAGAAGAAGAUCAAACAAUGUGGUGGUGCAAUGACAGGUAAAGUCAAAUACCAAGACGAGGACGGUGAUUUCAUUGUUAUCGCCAGCGAAGAUGAUUGGUUGAUGGUGAAGGAGAUGAUUAGAGAAGGAGGUGAUAAAGUUUUGACCGUCAGUGUCGCUUAAUGAGUUUAUGCUGAGACCCUUUAACUAAAAUGCUUUUUGGACAUUUUUGCCUUGCUUUCUUUUGGUUACUCAAUGAUCAUGACAUAUAAUAUAUAUAUCGCUUUGCACCAUAGCACAUGUCUAAUAUAACUGUAUUCUUAUGAGAUAUUAUUACAGGGCCAUAUGAAAUUAAUGACUAUUGAUAAAUAUAUGGAUCAGGUCAUGACGUACUUUGGACCAUCACCACCUUCUGGAACUGUCCAGUUGAUAUCUUGGGUUGGAACUUUGAUAUCACAAGUUUUGCAGUGGAUACAAUUCUGUGAGUUGAUUUGAAACUUGACUCCAUGUUUGCUCGUUUCGUCUUCAACAUAUUCGUAGACUCCAGCUGGACAAAACCUGUUUUCAACUCCUUUGAACUUUGG